UAAUUCUUUCAGACACGCCGCCCGACACUACCGCCAGUCUCUCCCAGGUUCCCAUCUAGAUCCCAGAUCUCAGAUAUAAUCGACGGCUUCCCGCCCUCCACGUCAUUGACUCCAAUCCACUAUUUAAAUUCAACUUUUUAUCCUUCUCUCCGUUGUUCCAGACACACAGAGAGCAAACAAAUCCAACCAAAAAAACACGAGAAAUUUGAUUGGUCGUCGGCUGCUCCGAGAUCUGACUCGCCGGACUGUCCACGCCGCAGAUCUAGAGACUCCGACGUCGACGGUAAAUAACCAAAAUCCCGCGUGGUAUAUUAAAUCGGAAGCGAAUCAGAUCGACGGCGGGGAUGGCGCCGAGCACGAUCCGGAAAGCAAUCGGAGCCGUCAAGGAUCAGACGAGCAUCGGCAUCGCCAAGGUCGCCAGCAACCUGGCCCCGGACCUCGAGGUCGCGAUCGUCAAAGCGACGUCGCACGAGGACGAGCCGGCCAGCGAGAAGCACGUCCGCGAGAUACUGAUGCUGACGUCAUCGUCCAGGGGUUACGUCCACGCGUGCGUGUCGGCGGUGUCGAAGCGUCUGGGGAAGACGCGCGACUGGAUCGUGGCGCUCAAGGCGUUGAUGCUGGUCCACCGCCUCCUGAACGACGGCGACCCGGUGCUUGGGGACGAGAUCGUGUACGCGACUCGGAGGGGGACCCACCUCCUGAACCUAUCGGAUUUCAGGGACGAGGCGCACUCGAGCUCGUGGGACCACUCUGCCUUUGUGAGGACUUAUGCUCUGUACUUGGAUCAGAGGCUCGAGCUGAUGCUGUUCGAGAGGAAGAGCGGCGGCGGCGGCGGUCUUGGUGCGGGA